AGAGCUCUGGGGCAGCGACGGGAGGUUAAGGGACAGUGAGGGGGAAUGUUGGGAUACCCUCCAUGCGUCGCUGUCUCUCCCCCCCGCCCCCAUCUCACUCUGGUGCCUGCAGUUUGUGGGGAAGACUUCAUUUGGGAUGUCAGUGUUCAACCUCAGCAACGCCAUCAUGGGCAGUGGCAUCCUGGGACUCGCCUAUGCCAUGGCCAACACGGGCAUCGUCCUUUUCCUGUGAGUGCCUUCAGUGAAUCCUCUAAAGACAGGAGCUCUAAACAGUCCACCAACCGUGACCUCCCAGGACCCAGGCUGUGGAUGGGCUCAACCCAAACCAUGGCUAAAAAAACCAGCCAUGGCCAGACAAAUAUCCCUCAUUUCCUGGUAAACCCACUGAGAUUAUGACACAGGCAAGCCUAACAGACCUGAAUCUAUACUUCUACCACCGUUUACACGUGAUGAACGAAGCCCCAUGGCCAGGCCUUGUGUGGACACACGUGUCCUUACUUGGGAGCUCUGCCCUGCAGUCUAAAUGGAAAGCAUGUUUGUUCCAAGAACUCAAGGAGGUAGUGCUCAGAGGGCCCCUUCUAGGUCAUGGCUUACCCUGGGUCAAACCGAGCGGUGUUCGCCCCUGCCGGGGCCAGUUGAGCUUGCAUCCACGCCUGUUGGGGGCUCCAGACACCUGGGUCACAGACCCACACACCCAGGCCUCCCAGAGCUCACCCCCCCUGCCAGCCAGUAAAGCCCUCAGUGGCUCCUUUUCGCCCAUCUUCCCCAGGUUCCUGUUGACAGCCGUCGCCCUGCUCUCCAGCUACUCCAUCCACCUGCUACUCAAGUCCUCAGGGAUCGUGGGUAUCCGUGCCUAUGAGCAGCUAGGCUACCGUGCCUUUGGGACCCCAGGAAAGCUGGCAGCGGCCCUGGCCAUCACACUGCAGAAUAUUGGAGCCAUGUCCAGCUACCUGUACAUCAUCAAGUCCGAGCUGCCCCUUGUCAUACAGACCUUCCUGAACCUGGAGGAGCAAACUUCGGACUGGUACAUGAAUGGGAACUACCUGGUGAUCCUUGUUUCUGUCAUCGUCAUUCUGCCCCUGGCACUGAUGCGGCAGCUUGGCUACCUGGGUUACUCCAGCGGCUUCUCUCUCAGCUGCAUGGUGUUCUUCCUAAUUGCAGUCAUCUACAAAAAGUUCCAUGUGCCCUGCCCUCUGCCCCUCAACCUCGCCAACAUCACGGGCAACGUCAGCCUCAUGGAGGUCACCAAGGAGGAGGCUCAGCUGCAGGCUGAAACAGAGGCCGCAGCCUUCUGCACCCCGAGUUACUUCACACUCAACUCACAGACAGCAUAUACCAUCCCCAUCAUGGCCUUCGCCUUCGUCUGCCAUCCCGAGGUGCUGCCCAUCUAUACGGAGCUCAAGGACCCCUCCAAGAGGAAGAUGCAGCACAUCUCCAACCUGUCCAUCGCCGUCAUGUAUGUCAUGUACUUCCUGGCUGCCCUCUUCGGCUACCUCACCUUCUACGACGGGGUGGAGUCGGAGCUACUGCACACCUACAGCAAGGUGGACCCAUUUGACGUGCUGAUCCUCUGUGUGCGUGUGGCCGUGCUGACGGCAGUCACACUCACAGUGCCGAUCGUUCUGUUUCCGGUGCGCCGUGCCAUCCAGCAGAUGCUGUUUAAGAACCAGGAGUUCAGCUGGCUGCGGCACAUACUCAUUGCCAUCGGCCUGCUCACUUGUAUCAACUUGCUGGUUAUCUUCGCUCCCAACAUCCUGGGCAUCUUCGGGGUCAUUGGUGCCACAUCUGCCCCAUGCCUCAUCUUCAUCUUCCCCGCCAUCUUCUACUUUCGCAUCAUACCCACCGAGAAGGAACCUGCAAAGUCUACCCCCAAAAUCUUGGCCCUUUGUUUCGCUGUGCUUGGCCUCUUGCUGAUGACCAUGAGCUUGAGCUUCAUCAUCAUUGAUUGGGUGUCAGGGACCGGCCGGCAUGGAGGAAGCCACUAGGAAGACCCCCGGCCUGUUCUGUCUACUCGUCCAAGUACCCCUGCCCAGAGUCUUCAGCCCCUGCUCCCAUCCAGUGGCCAGUCAGCGGGGAGAAGAAAGAUGUGGUUAACACUAUGGCAUUUGUCCCCUGCCUCACGUCUUCUCUGUGGAAGGUUUUUGUUACAGCCAGGACCAAGGCCCUUGGACCACUACCUUGCUGGGCUCCCGGGCUACAGGGGCUUCCGGAGUUGGGAGCAGGGUGGGGCUGUGACCUUGCUCCCUUCCUGUUGCCUCAGAUCCCACUCAGGCCCCUGCCCUCCUUGCACAGUUGCAAACACUGAGGUCCAACAGCUGCCUGCACAGUCUGUAGGGCACAUAAAGUUGGAGCCCAAGCCUGCAGCCAUCUCCCCACCUUGCUGCUGGACCUUGGUCUGCACUCUGGGGCCUCAUCUCCCUCAAUGCACUUGCCUUCCUCCACUUCUGUCCCGGAGGCCCCUUUCAGUCACUUGGACUCAAGCGCUUGGAUACUCUCGUCUCCUUCUCCCAUCCCCACCACCAGAAGCAGACCACCCCCCAUACCUGAAGCCAUCAGGUUCUUUUAAAUGUGAGGCUGGUGUGGGCACCCCCAGGAACCUGCUCCUUCACCAGUCCUGGGGAGGCUGGGACUCCCCCCACCCCAAGUCUGGGCCAUAGCUCACAUUCCAUUUCUGGGAGAAGAAAGAGGCUGGGGCCCAGAGCGUCUCUGCCCCUGGGAGCCAAAGACCCCAGGGGCUGAUCCGGGGUAGGAGUGGAGAAGCUGUCAGCUCCCUUUUAUAA